AGAGGCAACUUAUGUAGUUACGUACAACUAUAAUGUAAAUUGUAAAUUGGUGAGGUAUCAUAGCUUAGGCCAAGACAAUUAUUUUUCUUUAUAAUAUGCAAGUGAAAUCAUGCAGACCUGGUAAAUUCUCCAUCGACAAGAAGCUUAUCGUUCAUCUCUAGGGUUUCAUAUCACUUUCUUAAUUUUUCUUUUUAUAGUUCGAUCUUGAGACCAUCAAUUUUAGUUAACAUUUUGUGUUGCAUAUGAACUUUUAACGUUCUAUCUUCAUGUGUCAUUUACUAGAUUAUGCGUACUAUAAAAAUUAUGAUUAGCUAAGCUUCAUGUAAUUGUUUUGAUGCAAAAAGGUUAUAAAAAUGCAAUACACCAAAAAUCUACCCAAUCUAAAAUUUAGUUAAUUCUAAUAUUUUAUCCCUUUUAAUUAAUUAUCUUGUUUAUUCACCAAAAGAAAAUUAACUCUCCUGAAAAUAGUGACUCGUUUAAGGUAACCGCCUUAAAAGUUAGUUAUACAAACCCUUAACUUCUUCCACAAGGCGUCCGCUUCUUCCCCAAAAUCUUCACACUCUUCUUCACCUCUACACACAUCAUUUCGCCAGAGAUUGUUCGACGCUUCCUCUGUUCUAACGAUUGUUUAAUGGCGGCGGAUGAGAAAGACGUCUCUUCUCAAACUCAUUACGAUCACAAUCUCCCGAACAUAGAGAUCUCGAAUCCAAAGUCAGAGUCUAACGAUGAUGAUAAGCUCACAGAAGAGUUCAAGAAAGAGAAACUCGAAGAUCUCAAAAGAAAAGCCUUUUACUCUGUUCUCCUUGCUUUCAGAGCUGAAACCUUGACUAUAGGAAACAAGAGGACUCAUCUCAUAGAGAAACUGAUGAAGGAGUUGAACAUUUCUCAAGAAACUCGCAUCUCUUUUGACGAUAACAUUCAAGAGAAUCUUAUUGCCCACCAACAAAGGGUUAUUUCAAAGUUCAAGGAAGCAGAACCGAAGCCAUUGACCAUAUAUGACAAGAAACCACCUCUGGUUCCGACUUAUGUUGCUACACUUGGCUCAAGCUGGGGCAGAGUUAAUAAUCCCCAUGCUCUAGUUGGAAGACGGGUUCGUCUAAGAAUGUGUUGUGAAGAUGAGUUCGAAGACUUCGUGGUCAAAGAGUAUAACGCAAAAGAUGAAAUGCAUGGCUUGGAGAACGUAGACUCGAAUGCAAUGGAGAUGGAUGACGAGUUAAGCUGGGUGGAUGUCAGAGAAGUUCCACCGGAAGAUAUUAUAUGGAGAGAUGGAGAAGCGCCAUACUUUUAAACGCCUACUGCAUUGGGUGCAGGACAAUAAUGAGUAUCACCAAAACACUCUUAUGAACUUGUUUGAUUGACAUCUUUAGUACUUAGUUUUUUUUUUGGAUGUUUUGGUUGGACUUAGAGAAGAAAUGGGUCAGUGUAAAGGUGUUCAACAUGAUGAUUCAAGUAACUUUUUUUUUUUUUGUAAAAUGGUUGCCUUACUUGCCUUGUUAGCAACUACUCUGAUUCUACAGAAGUUUUAGGAUUGGUUGAAAUAGCUCUUCUCCUCCUCCUUGAAACUUCUCUCCCUACCAGAGGAUUUCGAUUCUGACCAACAAUGCCUUUUCUUGCAUCAGCUUUUUGAUGCUUAGUGUUACUUCUCUGUUCAGCUCCUCUCUUUCCAUUAUAGGAACCAGCCUUCACUGUCUCUAGUACAAUUUCUGACGAAGAAGCCAUUUUCCUUCUCCUAAGAAAACUUGCAGCCUCUCCAUUUUUGAGCCACCAUUUGAGCAUACCAUCACUAGGUCAUUUUAAUGUGUGUUUCAACUCAAAUCAUUUCUUCUAAAUUCUCACAUUUCAGUUCUUUUUUUUUAAUUGAAAAACUCUCACAUUUUCAGUUCAUUACAACUUAAAGAGGUUUCUAUAAAUGAGUGCGAGUAAUUUUGAUAAUUUAUGAAUUUCAAAAACAGAAAAUUAUAGCAAUUUAUCAUUAAGAUUUUUUUUAUGAUAAAAUACAUAAGUACAAAACUUUGAUCUAGCCAAAUGAUCACAUAUUAGAAGUAGAAAAUGAAGGGGGGAAAUUAAACAAGGGAGAUAACACAUAUUAGAAGUAAAAGGCUUUGAUUAUGACAUACAUUUGUUUUUGAGCCCGAACAUUUGUUUUAAUUUUGUAUUAGAUCUUGACCCGUACAUCCGUGCGUGUUUUUUCUUCUUAUACUAAAAUUUUUUGGUCUUUAUAACAAAUUUAUCACUAAAUUAAUCCCAUAUAUAUUAUUUGUGAAACAUUACAACUUCUUUUUGUAGCCACGUGUCAUCGCUAGAAUGAUUCUUAGAAUAAUUAGAGAAAUAUGUUGGUCCAUCUAAUUAUAUAAUAAGUUUUUUAUUAAACUAACCAUAAAUUCAUUAUUAAUGUCAGUU